GUUACCCCUCAAGAUGGUUGUCAGUCAGUCAGUGGUCGGGCGUACCAACGCCGAGAAGCCUCACGGCUUGGUUGGUAUGCUGAAGAAUCCCUAUGUCUUCAUGACUUGUGCCUUCGCUUCGCUGGGCUGCAUCAUGUACGGUUACGAUCAAGGAGUCAUGGCGCCUGUGCUGGUGAUGCAGAACUUCCAAGCCCACUUUCCUUCGCUGAUGGGUUCGACCAUUCAAGGUUGGCUCGUGUCCGCUUUGGAGCUGGGUGCUUGGGCUGGUGCGCUGCUCAACGGUUACCUUGCGGACCGCAUUAGCCGCAAGUACAGUAUGAUGGUGGCUGUUGUGGUCUUCACUCUUGGUUCUUCUCUUCAGGCUGCUGCGCAGAACCCUGCCUACUUCUUCGCUGGCCGUAUCAUCGGUGGUAUCGGUAUCGGGCAGCUCAGUCAGGUUAUUCCUCUGUAUCAAGCCGAAAUCGCACCUCCCGAGCUGCGUGGUUCAUUGGUCUCGUUGCAGCAACUAUCCAUCACCAUUGGAACCGCCAUCUCCUUUUGGUUGGAUUAUGUAGGAAUGCAAUAUGUGGGUGGCACCACCUGCAACCCCGAAGGCGUGGAGAAUCCUUAUCUGGCGGAUGGAACCUUCGACUAUAACGCGGCCCACGGGCACACCUGUAUGGGACAAAAGCCUCUUGCUUGGCGACUCCCUUUGGCUCUGCAAAUUCUUUUUGCUUGGACCUUGCUGUUCGGAAUGUUCUUCUUCCCGUUCUCUCCACGUUGGUUGAUGUCCAAGCACCGCGAAGAAGAAGCCACUGCUGCUCUUUGCAAGCUUAGGCGCCUUUCGCCCGAUGAUCCCCUGCUCAAGGCGGAAGUUCUGGAGAUCAAGGCCGCCGUGCUCUUUGAUGAGGAGUCCAAUGCGGAAGCCAUCAGAGUCGGCGGGAAAUGGGCUCCGUGGAAGGCCCUGUUCGCUCCCAACAUGUUCAAACGUCUUUGGCUCGGAUGCGGAAUGAUGAUUUGCCAGCAGUUCACAGGCAUCAACGCUGUGCUAUACUACGCCCCACAAAUCUUUGCAUCUUUCGGUUUUUCGUCUACCACGCAGACGUUGCUGGCUACGGGUGUCACCGGAAUCAUUCAGAUUAUCUUCACACUCCCUGCGGUUCUGUUUCUUGACAAGUUCGGCCGCAAAACUUUCCUCAUCGCUGGAGCCAUUGGAAUGUUCUGCUGUCACAUUGUCGUUGCGAUUGUCGAAGGUCUUUACGAGGAUUACUGGAACCUGAACGAAGGGCUGUACAAGGCUCAAGGAUGGGUUGCCAUUGUCUUUAUCUGGAUCUUCGCUUCUCAAUUCGCAUACUCUUGGGGUCCUGUGUCAUGGGUUCUCGCCCAGGAGAUCUUCCCGAGCAGCAUGCGUUCUCGCGGUGUGUCCAUUGUGGCCUCCACUAACUGGAUGUUCAACUUUAUUAUUGGCCUGACCACGAAGGACAUGCUCAGUUCGAUGAAGUACGGAACCUACAUCUUCUUCGCCAUCUUCAGUGCGCUAGGGGGUAUCUUUAUCUGGUACUUUGCACCUGAAACUAAAGACAAGACCCUGGAGGAGCUGGACGUUUUCUUCGGAGGCAGUAUGGACAGCAUUGCGGAGGCGGAUCGUCUCCGCAUGCAGGACAUUUACGACCGUCUGGGUCUUACUGGUGUCGAGAAGGUGGAGGACUUGGAUGAUGAGAAGGCUAAGAUCCAGGGUGAGAUUGUGGAGAUGUAAGCGACCUGGUCGCUGGAUAAGAUGGGGG